CAGAGCAGGCAGGUCGCCCACGCAGAGAGAUCCUCGUCUCUAAGAAAAGGCUCAGGGAAAUUCCUCCUGGUGAUACUGCAGUGAUGAGAGGACUUUUCUUUUCAUUCUGGGCUCUUCAGAGACUCCGCCGGCUGCGGUAAUUACAGGGCCCGGGGCCGCACUGUGAGCUCACUGAGAAACAGCCCCGCGCCGGAUUCUCACGACGCCAAACAGAAAAACAACACGCAGCGAGACGCGGCGCGGGCGCGCUCCCUCGCUCCCUCGCUCCAGAGCCAGCGGAGCAGGCAGGCAGGCAGCCGCUCCGCCACAUUCCUACCUGUCUUCAGCUGCUCCACACCACGGAGGACGUGGGCUGGUUUUAAAGCCCUCCCUCCCCACCACCAGUCAGACCAGCACCAGCCGGGAGGAUGCGGAGCGCAGCAGCUGCGAGACGCGGCUGAAACUUUUACCGGCUUUUACGCAGCGCGUAAAGGAGGAGGAGAGCCGGACGCAGGAGCUCAGGACGCAAUGGGAGACUUUUAGAUUCACUCAGGCUCGGGAUCACUAUGGCUGUGGACGCUGCAUCCAGUUUCAGUUUCUGUAGGCCGGCUGUGGAGUACCGGGCUCUCCCCGAGGACUUCAAGCAACAACUGAGUCGACGCACUGGUGGGAACCUAACCUGGCAUGAAGGCCGCGGACAGAAAACAGCAGGAGGCCGAACAGUCAAGCUUCUCCAGCAGCCGGGAACAGAGAGCCUGCAGUACCGCCCCAGCGAUCGUUAUGGGAUAUACCACACCAGCCCAACACAGCCCAGCCUGAUCCGGCCCGUUGUGAUGUGGUCACAGCAGGAUGUUUGCAAGUGGCUGAAGAAACACUGCCCACACAACUACCUCACCUACGUGGAGGCGUUCUCCCAGCACGCCAUCACAGGUCGUGCGCUGUUGCGUCUGAACGGUGAGAAGCUGGAGAGGAUGGGUUUAGUGCAAGAGACACUUCGACAGGAGUUGCUGCAACAGGUCCUGCAGCUUCAGGUACAAGAGGAGGGACGCAACCUGCAGCUGCUUAGCAGAGGUUCUUUUGGAAAGAUAUCAUAGCUGGAAAAAGGGGACAUUGUGGAUAUAUAAUCAUAAAACCUCUACUGUUUUCAUGACUCCAUAUGGGAAAGGAGGCAUAUCGUUGUGUGACAGCUGGAAAAAGAGGAUACCGUGGAAAUCUAAUCAUGAAAACUGUGACAUGAAUUAGAUCUGUGGGAUAAAUGCAUCCUGCCAGCCAUGAUGUCCAGGAGGAUGUUGUAAAUGGAUUUUUGGUGGCUUUUUCUUCCACGUCUACAUGACAGACAAAAAAAAAUCCUUAAAGACUGACUGGGAACUGAGAUGAAAAAGCAUUGUGACAAUGGGAUUUGUCAGUUUAUUGAUGUGCUCUGUGCUUAAUUAUCAUAGAUAUUCAUGUAUAAUUGUACUCCCGGUUGUUUUUAAAUGUCAGGGGAAAAGUGUUUAAUUAAUAAAAUAAAAAUG